CGGACAGAGUAAGCUGCAGCCCCAAACCCUAGAUAUCACCAUAGAACAGACGCCACGAAACUCCAGUGGUAAACCCUAACCAUUCGCUCCGAGAGUAGGAUAAUGACUCAAAAGGCUGGCCUCUUCAAAGGCCAACAGAAGAAGAAAACCAUUCCUCCCAGCCGCCAUGGCAAGGCUCCAAAGAAUCGCAAAGGGUUUUUUCUUCCGCAGGAAAGAGAGUUGUGAAGCCGUCAAAGAUGACGUCGGAGAUGGAUGCGGACAGAGAGCUGACCAAGUUCAUUAACCGCUGUAAUGAGGUGAAAGCAGCAACCAUGGCAAACAAAGAAGGUGGUCAGCUCAGUGUUGUCAAGGCAGAAGCCUCUAACUCCGGGAACAAGGAAUAGUUGGGUGGUGAAAUGAGGCUCCAGGAAGGACUUGUUUGGUGAUACAUACCAUCUUGAAAGGUGGAAUAUAUUGUACCGUCUUUGAAUCUGAGUACGUAAUUCGUAGAUUUAGUCUAUCUGACUCUGCCCUUUUGCGAUAUCUUUCCAAGCUUUUGGGGUUUCCAGUCAUAGCGUCUUUAGGACUUGAUUUUCUUUCUGAAACAUAGGGACUUCGGAAGCUCGACAGAAAAUUACCUACUAAACCAGGAACAAGCUUAGAAAGGAUUGAAACAUUAGUAGAAAUGAACUUUUUCGUCUACACAUCACAUCACAUCCUUGAAGUUCAAGUUGACUUGAAUGAUUGAAUGGAAUACAUAUGAUUUGAGCCUGUUACUUGAACCCUUCUAUGUUCCUAUCUUUUCAACGUUGGACUAGAAAUACAGGGAUGAACAAUGUGGAUGAAUCAUAGUAUCAAGGUCCCUUCUUCUGGGAGAAUUCUAUUUAGCUAAUCAAAGACAACAGCUUCAUCUGAAGUAUGUUGCUCCUUCCUCUGCAUGUUGUAGUCUCAUCUUCAAACUCUAGGCACAUGUUUUUGUGUUUGUUCCUCUUGCCUAUUGAAUUUAUUCAAUAUAUGAUGCAGUUCCUCUCA